CCAAUUCAAACAUACAUCCUAAUUGGAAGUAAUUCAAUGGCUUCAACAAACCAAUACCAAUGCUUCGCCUUGGCUGUGCUUUUUGUUUUGGGAGUUUUGGCUUCCCAGGCGACGUCUCGCUCUCUCCAAGAUGCAUCCAUUUCUGAGAAGCAUAAGCAGUGGAUGGCUCGCUAUGGACGUGUAUACAAGGAUUCCGCAGAGGAGGAACAACGAUUGAAGAUAUUCAAGGACAAUGUAGAGUAUAUAGAAUCUUCCAACAAAGCAGAGAACAAGCCUUACAAGCUUGGGGUUAACCAAUUUGCCGAUCUUACGAAUGAAGAGUUCAAACUACGCAACAAAUUCAAGAGCCACAAUUCCUCAACUGCAACAUCUCCCUUUAAAUAUGCAAAUGUGACUGAUUUGCCAUCUAGCGUGGACUGGAGGAAGAAAGGGGCUGUAACGCCCGUUAAGGACCAAGGCCAAUGUGGAAGUUGUUGGGCAUUUUCUGCUGUGGCAUCCAUGGAAGGAAUAGUUGAAUUGACAACUGGUAAGUUAAUCUCUUUGUCUGAGCAAGAACUAGUUGACUGCGACACCAGUGGUGAGGAUCGAGGCUGCAAUGGUGGUUUCAUGGAUGGUGCCUUCCAAUUCAUCAUACACAACCAAGGCCCCACCACCGAAACAAACUACCCUUACCAGGGAACUGAUGGCACUUGCAACGAAAGAGAGGCCGCCAACCAUUCAGCCAAGAUAAUUGGCUAUGAAGAUGUGCCCGCCAAUAGUGAGAGUGCUCUGUUAAAGGCUGUUGCAAACCAACCCGUCUCUGUGGCCAUUGAUGCGUCGGGAUUUGACUUCCAGUUGUACUCAAGCGGCAUCUUCACAGGAGCAUGUGGCACCGACCUUGAUCAUGGUGUAACAGCUGUUGGAUAUGGAACUAGCAACAAUGGGACCAAGUAUUGGUUAGUAAAGAACUCAUGGGGCACAACAUGGGGUGAACAAGGAUAUAUACUAAUGCAGAGAGAUAUUGAUGCAGCGCAAGGCCUCUGUGGCAUUGCGAUGGAGGCUUCAUAUCCUACUGCAUAAAGUUGAAUAUUACAAGAAGUGACGAAUUAUGUAAAAUCAUAAAUCUGUUGUUGCUAUGGCUACCCUACAUCUGUUAUUGUUCAUUAUCGAUGCAAAAAACCUUGAAUAUGUAGUUAAUUAGCACAUCAAUGUGCAUGUAAUCAUCUUCUUGACAUAUAUCCACAAUAUAUGAAAUUUGAUUCUCUUAA